GAAGAUGGUAAGGCGAGAAUUAGAGUUGACCUUUCUUCUCCGGCGACUAAACGAACCGAAUAAAUGACCGCCGGCUCCCGACGGAGGCCCCCGCCGCCCCGCCGUCGCGCCUCCGCCGCAGCCGCCAUGGCGCCUCUCCCCCUGUCCGUAUCCGCCCCAAUCGUCUCCACGCCGCCGCGCUACUUGCGCCGCCCGGUCGUCGCAGCAUCUGGCGCCAUGCUUGCCGCGCUCCUCUUCCUCACCGCGGCCGCCGCCAUCUGGCGCCCCGACUACCUCCCCGCAGCGCUCCUUCGCCGAUCGGCGCCUGCUGCGCCCGCCGCCAGGUUCUACUCCUUCGACCUGGUCCGCGAGUACCCCCACGACCCCGACGCCUUCACCCAGGGUCUCUUGUAUGCAGGAAAUGACACUCUUUUCGAGUCCACUGGCCUUUAUCACAGGUCGUCGGUCCGGAAAGUUGAUCUUCAAACUGGAAAAGUUUUAGUUCAGCACCAAAUGGAUGGCAGUAUGUUUGGGGAAGGUCUAACACUUCUCGAUGACAGAUUGUUUCAAGUUACUUGGUUGAAGAAUGAUGGAUUUAUAUACGACCGACAUAACUUUAGCAAGCGUGAAAGGUUUACCCAUAAAAUGCGUGACGGGUGGGGGCUGGCUACUGAUGGAAAAGUUCUAUUUGGCAGUGAUGGUACCUCGAGGUUGUACCAGCUGGAUCCAGAAUCACUUGAAGUGAUGAAGACAGUAACUGUGAAAUAUCAAGACAAUGAAGUUUCCUAUAUUAAUGAACUGGAGUAUAUAAAUGGUGAAGUAUGGGCGAAUGUCUGGCAGACAGAUUGCAUAGCUAGAGUUUCCCAUGAAGAUGGCUUGGUCCUGAGCUGGAUUUUUCUUCAUGAGCUGAGGCAGCACUUGUUGGAUACUGACUAUAGGGCUAUUGAUGUUCUAAACGGUAUAGCUUGGGAUGAAGAAAACCAGAGAUUGUUCGUGACCGGAAAAUUGUGGCCAAAGCUUUACGAGAUUAAGCUACGCCCGAUCGAUGGGCCACCAGAUGGAUCUGUAGAGAAGCUAUGCCCAAGGGCGAGCUUUUAUCGCUGAAACACAUCCAGGCUAUUCAUUGGUGACUGAUGUAGAGGUGGAAGAUGAAUUCGCACGGGCCAUGCCUCCUGAUUCUUUCAGGCAAUUGGCAGUUUUCAGUUGUAAGAUUUGUGUAUUGGUAGUGAUCUGAUGGGAGUUACUCGUCAGUUUCUUGCUAGAGUCGCCAGUAUAGUUGUAUAAUCAUGUUUUCCCCUGGUGCAAAAGGUUGUAUAUGUUGUACUGUAACAAAGAAGGUUCUUACACGAACAGCUCAAGAUUUUCUUUACAUCUUUA